AACUGAAGCAACUAUAUUGUUUAGUAGAUUUAAUUACAUUGUGAAGUAUCAUUAUAUUUUUUAAGACAACAGUCUUCAUUAUUGGAUACUAUCAAGCCAUAAAAAUACACCGUUAUUAUUUAUGUGUAACAGGGCAGCUUGACUUGGCUGGAGCUAAGGAGGACCCGGACACGACCAUUGUGCAGAGUUGGGUGACAUCUUCCUGUGCUAGAAGCUGAAAAACAAGCUUCUUGACUCUAUGGGACAUUCUGGAUGCAUGAACAGGAGUCCAAGCCCCUCUGCGGUGAGACCUCUCUGCAGGAGUUCUGGGUGCCAGAGUGGAGGCUCUUGCACACUGACGAGAGAGAGGCGAGGUGGCAGCGAUGCGGAGGGUGUGAAAGCAGCUCUCACAGGGGCCUCCGUUGGUCAGAGAAGGGUCAAGGCCACCACACGUCUGCUGGCAUCGGGGAGAGAAGCGGGAGCCGCGGAGCUACAGAGCCACUGGCUGUGGCACUGUCCUAACUGAGGCACUAACCACCCACCUGGGGUCAGGUCUGGAGACAUAACCAGAAGUGCCAAAUUCUUGCCACUGGGCAAGUAAGGGUUACUGGUCCAGAAGACUUCGGGACUGCUGUUGGAGUGCCCUGACCUGAGACCCCUUCCCUGGUGGGCUAUAGGCUCAGGAGUUUAUCCAGGAUACUUGAAAUCCUCGGGGAGUGCCUAGCUGCACCACGAAUUAAUUGGACCUGUAGAGUUAGAGCGAAUAAACAUUCGUGAGAAUGGCGCUGGCGCUGUUGGAGGGCUGGUGCCGGAUAAUGAAUGUGGAUGACCAGAAAUCACUGAUGGUUAUGGGGAUACCAGUGGAGUGUGACGAGGCUGAGAUUCAGGGGGUCCUCCAGGAGGCUUUAAAGCCUCUGGGCAGGUACAGGCUGCUCGGCAAAAUAUUCAGGAAGCAGGAGAAUGCCAGUGCCGUCUUACUAGAGCUCAUGGAGGAAACUGAUGUCUCCAUGAUCCCCGGUGAGGCAGGGAAGGGGGGUGUCUGGAAAGUGGUUUUUAAGACCCCUAACCAGGACACUGAAUUCCUCGAAAGGCUGAACCUCUUUCUAGAAAAAAAGGGGCAGACAGUCUCGGGUAUGUUUCAAGUCCUUGGGCAUGAGGGGGUGUCUCCAGCCACAGUGCCCUACGUGUCACCAGAGUUAUUGGCCCAUUUGUUGGGACAGGCGAUAGCACAUGCCCCUCAGCCCCUGCUACCCGUGAGAUACUGGAAGCUGAGAGUGUUCUCGGGGAGUGCUGUGCCCCCCCGGGGGGAAGAGCCCUUUGAAGUCUGGUUGGAACAGGCCGCUGAGAUAGUCAAAGAGUGGCCGGGAGCAGAGGCAGAGAAGGAAAGGUGGCUGAUGGGAAGCCUGCGUGGCCCCGCCCUGGACCUCAUGCACACGCUGCAGGCGGACAACCCUUCUGUUAGUGCAGAAGAGCGUCUGGAGGCGUUUAAGCAAGCGUUUGGAAGCCUGGAGAGCCGCAGGACCUCCCAGGUGAGAUAUCUGAAGACCCAUCAGGAGGAAGGAGAGAAAGUCUCGGCCUAUGUGCUGCGGUUAGAGACUCUGCUCCGGAGGGCGGUGGAGAAAAGGGCCAUCCCCAGGAACAUCGCAGAUCAGGUCCGCUUGGAGCAGGUCGUGGCGGGGGCGAGCCUCAGUGAGAUCCUGUGGUGCAGGCUGAGGGAGCUGAAAGACCGGGGGCCGCCCCCCAGCUUCCUGCAGUUAAUGAAGGUGAUCCGCGAGGAGGAAGAAGAGGAGGCCUCUUUUGAAAAUGAGAAUAUUGACGAGCCAGAGGAAGGUGAUGGCUAUGGCCACUGGGAACACGAGGCUGGCAACUGAAAGCCAGCUCAGGGUGGGCCUACGGCCCACGGGCCUGGGGACAUUCAUUUUACCAGGCUAAGACUUUUCCCAUAUUCUUUUCUUUAAUUAAUUCAGUUGAAAUCAAGGCAUUCAAGCCAAGUCUUGAUUCUUUCUAAGAAAAAAUUAUCUGAUAGUUUCUUGGACCUUACAUAGAUUACUGAUAAACAAAAUAUUAAAUUCCCAAUGUGAUACAGUAACCUAAAGGAAACGUCAGGUACUCCAGGUUUCCUUUAAAUAUCCCCAAUAGACAAAGUUUGCCCAUACCAUAGAAGAAAGAAUUGACAUGAGAAAAAAAGAUAUCUGUUGUAAUCUACCUAAAAAUCUAAGCUUUUUGACUUGUCAGGUGUUUUUCUUUGUCAAAUGAGCAGAUUCUGCGUACCUGCAGCGGUGUGAGGCUCUGUUCAAGGAGGUAACAGUCGAAAGAGCAUAGCCAUGCUCUCAGAGGGCGACAGUCUCAUUGAGGACAGUGGCCUCCACGUGUGGAAGCUGAAUAACCUUAUGUGUAAAUAAGUUCAUGAUGCCAAUAGAAGUGCCACUGCCAAAUGAACACAACCAUCUCCACCUUUGGGUUUCUUUCUCUCCUUCCUUGGGAAGCACUCCUCCCACUCCCCUGCCAGGAGUCAGGUAGAGGGGUCCAGGCACCGUGCUAGGCCCGGAAGCGCGAGACUCUGCUUAAUUCCUGCUGUCAAGAGGUUCAUGGUAUGAGAGGCGCCCUCAAGAAAGGGCAGAUAUUACAGGAGGGCAUGCUGGAGCGUCUGGAUUUAGUGAACAGGCCUCUGGUUAGAGGAGAUUUUUAGUGGAGACAGAAGGCAAAGAGGGGGAAAAGAACUCAUUUAUUGAGGGCCUACGUGCCAGUUGUUGUGUGCAUGUCUCAUUUAACGUGUACAGCAACACCAAUGUAGUAUAAUGCUCUUUUUGAAAGAGAAAAACAAAGAAACAAACAAAACCAGAAGCUCCGAGGAGUUAAGUGGUCUUCUCUAUAUCAAAUUGCUAACAGGUGGCGGAGCCCAGGCAGGAGCUGAGAACUCUGACUCCCCUGCGAUCCUGGUUUUCACACUGUGCAGAGAUUUUUCAGCACUUCCAUCUGUACCAUGUAUUUCAAACCCUUUAAACCUUUUAAUAAAUAACAGGUAGACUCAAGUGUGUUGAUAUCCACAUUUUAACACCUAGGCUUUCACCAGCAGGCUUGCUUUUGUUUUCAGACCUUGGAAAAAAAGAUUCCCUUGGGCUAUCUGAGCAUGUAGCUGAGCCUCUCUGUUUUCCCCUUUUUAUUGAAUUUAUUGGGGUGACAGUGGUUAACAAAAUUAUUUAGGUUUCAGGUGCACAAUGCC